UUUUGAAGUUGCUUCUCCGGGGUGUUUGAACAGGAAGGCGGACAUGUUGGUCAGGCUGUGGGAGAAAAUCGGGCACCGUCUGCUGUUUUUUUUCGAGAACUAACAUACACCAAAACCCGAUUUCUUAGUCUUCGAUCUGAGAGAUAAAGCAGUUUGGACGGGAAACAGCCGACAGCCAGUGACAAUGCACGGGGUGCAGCGGAAGGACUGCCGUUAAACGCUGUAACGAGUCCGUGUUUAGACUGAUCGAAAUUUGGAAGAAGCAGAAGUUUUUUUCCCACCACUUCUACUUUUGAGCUGUCAGAUUCGUUUGCCGUUUUCUGCAUGGGGCCUGGCACAGGGAUGGGAACCGGCUUGGACUAACCUUCCCACAAACUGUGCUUCUUCAGAGAGACGUUACAUUUAAGUUUUAACUGCCUUUUGUUUGGAUGCAACAACAUUUUAAGCCCUUAUCCUCAGUGGCAUCCUGCGGAGGCUGACUAAUCUGUCGCCGCAUUUAUCGUUUGCCACUGAAGUUGUCUGCCACUCAAACUGGGAAAAUAUCUCUCGACUCUGAAAAUGUGGCUUUUGUACAUUCAGCGCAAUCUUAAACGUUUCAUCGUCUGUGAAAGCUCGAGGAGAACGAUGUAUUUUCUGUGAAGUGAGGUGUAAAGUUCACACGAAGAAAGGAACAUUUGGCUAGCUAGCUACCGCUGGCUGCUAAAGCUAGCUAGCCAGCCCUCUGCCUCGCCAGUGAGCUGUUUUUGUUCAUAACCCAAUACCGGGACUGAGUUUAACAGCAAAAAUGUCUGCUGGAGAAGGUAUCGAGGCUCGAUUUGAAAAAAUCGAUGCCAUGUUGAAGGACCCAAAGUCAGAAAUAAAUACGGAUUGUCUUCUGGAUGGCUUGGAUGCACUGGUGUACGACCUUGACUUCCCUGCCCUGAGGAAAAACAAGAGCAUUGACAACUUUUUGAAUAGAUACAAGGAAACCAUUAGUAAAAUUCGUGAUCUACGCAUGAAAGCAGAAGACUAUGAGGUGGUUAAAGUUAUUGGAAGGGGUGCAUUUGGAGAGGUGCAGUUGGUAAGGCACAAAGCCACGAGCAAAGUAUACGCCAUGAAGCUGCUGAGCAAGUUUGAGAUGAUCAAGAGGUCAGACUCUGCUUUCUUCUGGGAGGAGAGGGACAUCAUGGCUUUUGCUGACAGCGCCUGGGUGGUGCAGCUCUUUUUUGCUUUCCAAGAUGAUCGCUACCUCUACAUGGUGAUGGAAUACAUGCCUGGUGGCGAUUUGGUUAACUUGAUGAGCAACUAUGACGUCCCAGAAAAGUGGGCGCGCUUUUACACAGCUGAGGUGGUGCUGGCUCUGGAUGGAAUCCACUCCAUGGGCUUCAUUCACAGGGACGUGAAGCCCGAUAACAUGUUGCUAGACAAAGCAGGCCACUUAAAACUGGCAGACUUUGGGACCUGCAUGAAAAUGAACAAGGAUGGUAUGGUACGAUGCGACACAGCGGUGGGAACUCCAGACUACAUUUCACCUGAGGUACUGAAAUCCCAAGGAGGAGAUGGCUAUUAUGGCAGAGAGUGUGACUGGUGGUCGGUGGGAGUGUUCCUGUACGAAAUGCUAGUUGGCGACACUCCUUUCUAUGCAGACUCACUGGUGGGGACCUACAGUAAAAUUAUGAACCACAAGAACGCCCUGACCUUCCCCGAAGACAGCGACAUCUCCAACGAUGCCAAGAAUCUCAUCUGUGCUUUCCUGACUGACAGGGAAGUUCGACUUGGUCGUAACGGUGUAGAUGAGAUCAAGAGGCAUCCUUUCUUCAAGAAUGACCAAUGGACGUGGGAGAACAUUAGAGAGACGGCUGCUCCAGUAGUGCCCGAACUGAGCAGUGACAUUGACACCAGUAACUUUGACGACAUUGAGGAGGAUCGGGGGGAGGAGGAGACCUUUCCCAUACCAAAGGCCUUUGUGGGCAACCAGCUGCCCUUCGUAGGCUUCACUUACUACAGUAAUCAGCACCUUCUGCGCAGCUCUACUGCCACAAAGACCAGUGACAAGCGUAGCAGCUCCACAAAGGAAGACAAGAGUCAUCUGGAAAACCUGCAGAAACGGAUCUACCAUCUGGAGGAGCAGCUCCACAGUGAGAUGCAGCUGAAGGAUGAGUUGGAGCAGAAAUGCAGGACAUCAAACACCAAGAUUGACAAAAUAAUGAAAGAACUUGACGAAGAGGCAAACCUUAGGAAGAGUGCAGAGGCCAGCAUGUCUCUGCUGGAGAAGGACAAGAUCAUGCUGCAGCACCGAUUCACCGAGUACCAAAGAAAAGCUGACCAGGAGGCAGAGAAGAGGCGCAAUUUGGAGAAUGAGGUGUCAACUUUAAAGGAGCAGCUUGAAGAUAUGAGGAAGAUCAGCCAGAACUCGCAAGCCUCCAAUGACAAGAUUGCCCAGCUGCAGAAUCAGCUGGAAGAGGCCAACGACCUGCUGCGUGCGGAGUCGGACACGGCAGCGAGGCUGAGGAAGAGCCACACGGAGAUGGCGAAGUCAAUGAGCCAGUUGGAGAGCUUGAACCGCGAGCUGCAGGAGAGGAGCCGCGGGGCAGACGGAGAGAAGGCGCAGCUGGAGAAGGAGGUCCUGCUUCUUCAGAGCACCCUGGACUCGGAGAGGAGGAACUACAGCCAAGGAUCCGAGGAGAUCAGGGAACUGCAAGCGAGGAUGGCAGGGCUGCAAGAGGACAACAAAAACUUGAAGCUCAGCCUCUCCAAAGUGGAGUCAGAACGCAAACAGGCUCAAGAAAGGAGCAAUAACCUGGAGAAGGAGAAGAACAACCUGGAGAUAGACCUGAACUACAAACUGAAAACCUUGCAGCAGCGUCUGGAGCAGGAACAGACCGAACACAGGGUGACGCGGGCACAGCUCACUGACAAAUACGAGUCUAUUGAAGAAGCCAAAUCAGCUGCCAUGAACGCUGUUCAGCAGAAGAUGUCUGAAGAGAACGGAGCGAGGAUGAGAGCUGAGAGCCGGGUAGUGGAGGUUGAGAAGCAGUGCUCGAUGCUGGAGUUUGACCUCAAGCAGUCUGUGCAGAAGAUGGAGCAGCUGAUGAAGCAAAAGGAAAGGCUGGAAGAUGAGGUGAAGAGCCUGCGGAUACAGGUAGAGCAGGAGUCAAGCAAGCGCCUCCUGGCUCAGAGUGACCUGAAGAACCGCACACAGGAGGUGGACCGUCUCAGGUGCUCAGAGAAGCAGCUCAAACAGGAGAUCAACACAGCACUAGAGAGUAAACGCUCGCUGGAGUUCCAGCUGGCACAGCUGACCAAACAAUACAGAGGCAACGAGGGACAGAUGAGGGAACUUCAGGACCAGCUUGAGGCCGAACAGUAUUUUUCUACGCUUUACAAAACUCAGGUCAAGGAACUAAAAGAGGAGAUUGAGGAAAGGAACCGGCAGGUACAAGAAGCUCAUAAAAAGGUGCAGGAGUUGUGCAGUGAAAGGGACUCCCUGUCUGCCCAGCUGGAUCUGACAGUGACCAAGGCGGAGUCAGAGCAGCUCGCCCGGGCACUUCAGGAGGAGCAGUACUUUGAGCUCAGCCAGGAGAACAAGAAGGCAGCGACUAGACAUAAGCAGGAGGUUGGGGAAAAGGAGGCCACCAUUGCUCGGCUCGAGGAAUCUAAUAAAACUCUGACCAAAGAUGUGGAGAACCUCAGCAAAGAGAAGGCAGAUUUGAAUGAGAAGCUUCGUACUCAGGAAGAAGAGUAUGUAGCUCAGAAGGAGGAGAUUGCAAAUACAAUCAAGGCCAACUACGAGAAGGUCCUCAACACAGAGCGCACGCUGAAGACUCAGGCGGUGAACAAGCUGGCAGAGAUCAUGAACCGCAAGGACAUGAAGCUGGACCAGAAGAAGAAGGGCAGCACUGCCGACCUGCGGAAGAAGGAGAAGGAGAACCGCAAGCUUCAGCUGGAGCUAAACCAGGAGAAAGAGAAGUUUAACCACAUGGCCAUCAAGUACCAGAAGGAGUUAAGCGAGAUGCAGGCGCAACUGGCAGAAGAAUGCACAUAUCGCAACGAGCUGCAGAUGCAGCUGGACAGCAAGGAGAGUGACAUCGAGCAGCUGCGGGAGAAACUGAACGACCUGCAGCAGCGCAUGGAUAACUCGAGCGUCACCAGUUUGCAGACAGAUGAGACAGACAGCAACAUCGCAGAAUCCAGAUUGGAGGGUUGGCUGUCCAUUCCUAAUCGUGCUAAUAUCAAGCGAUACGGAUGGAAGAAGCAGUAUGUGGUGGUGAGCAGUAAGAAGAUUCUGUUCUACAACGAUGAGCAGGAUAAGGAACAGUCCAACCCGUCAAUGGUACUAGAUAUCGACAAACUAUUUCAUGUGAGACCAGUCACUCAAGGAGACGUGUACCGGGCUGAGACAGAAGAGAUUCCAAGGAUAUUCCAGAUUCUUUAUGCCAACGAGGGGGAGUGCAGGAAGGAGGCGGACAUGGAGACGGUCCCUCAGGGCGACAAGACCAACUGUCUCCCACACAAAGGCCACGAGUUCAUCCCCACGCUAUAUCACUUCCCUUCCAACUGCGAGGCCUGUGCCAAGCCUCUGUGGCACGUCUUCAAGCCGCCUCCGGCCCUUGAGUGUCGCCGCUGCCACGUCAAGUGCCACAAGGACCACCUCGACAAAAAGGAGGACGUUAUUGCUCCUUGCAAAGUAAAUUACGAUGUGACCUCUGCCCGGGACAUGCUCCUGCUGGCCCUGACCCAAGAUGAGCAGAAGAAAUGGAUCGGUCACCUGGGAAAGAAGAUUCCCAAGACCCCACCAUCUACAUUCUCAAGAGCCUCUCCUCGUUCUAUGUCCACUCGCUCUGGACCAAACCAGUCCUUCCGCAGGAACCCUAAAAGCAAUACAGGAAAACUGAGCUAACCAUCUGAACCGUUCCUCAUCCUCAAAAACGGAGAAACCUGUAUUGCAUAGAAAAUUCAUUAAAAAGAAAAAAAUAUAUCAAUAAAUAAGCAGCGCUGGAAAUUGUAACACGUCAGACACAAGGCAUCAUGGACAUUAAGAGGCCUGAUACCCUCCUCCCCUCCAUCUCCGCUGCCUUUCUUCAAGAGAAAAACCAUCAUCCAACUCAACAAACUUGCAGCUCUCCAUUUCUACCAGAAGAUGGCACACUUGUCUCAAACUAAACAUGGACAAUGCAGCGAUAAUAGAGGGACUUAUGUCAUGGAGCCAUUCUGUGUUUCAUAUUAUACAACAGUUCUGAUGGAAACGGGAAGGUAUAAGGGGGUUUUGCUGGGACUCCUGCAAGUAUGUGUUUGGUUUAAGGUACUGUCAUACAGGUAUUUCAGAUCUGCAGUGAGUGGUUGUGUCUCAGGGGUGGAAAAUAAAUAUGUGUUCUGUAAUUUUUUCCCCACCUGACAGAUACUCAAGCUUAAAUGCAAGCAUAGUUCUGUUUCCAGCUACAAAAAAAAAGAAAAAAAAAAAAAAAGAAAGACUGAUGCCUUCAUCUAAUGUCUCUGACCUUUUUGCCUUUAUUCUUAUCACUCUGCAAGUCACUUAUCAGGUUUGGGACAGAGUAUUGGGACAUGAGUAUUAGAUGUAUUGAGUGAGGAGCAUGCAAGAUCAUCAUUUAAAUCUAUGCAUUAUUUUUAUUAUUAUAAUUAUUUUUAUUGCUCCAAGCCAUAAGGAAUAUUCCAUUGUAAUGGCAUAUAGGAGUCCUAAAACUUAAUUGAUUUUUUUUUUUCUUUUUUGUUUAUUUGGUACAUUGUAAUAUUUUUUUUCUUGUAUUGUUUUUUUUUUUUUGUAAUGUAUUGCCUUACAUUGAUUCAUAGAUAAAUGGUUCAAAAGGAAAACAUUAAGUUAACAAAUGUAAAACUGCACUGUUUGAAUUGUAAAUUAUUUGUAGAAGACUAAACAGGUGUAGCAUUUGGCCCACCUAGUGCCUUAACGUUUGGAUAUUGAUUUUACUGCCAUAUCUGUCUGUCUGUUUAUUUUUUUUCCUCCAAAACAAGACAAAUCUUAACUCUUCCAUCAUUUUUUAAGAAAUCACCACACAUUUGUGGUUUUAUCAGAACUUACUUUUUCUGGUUUGAGUAUAUAAAAUAUAUAUAUUAGAUUACCUCUCUAUGGACACAUUGCAAUAGAGUUAGCGUGUCAAAAACAAAGUCCCCAGACUCCGUUCAUAUCACAUGACAAAUUUUGGGAUGGUGUACUUAAAGCGAGCCUACCUGUGUCGAUGAUUGUCCUUGUUAACAAUUACAGGUUGUGUGUCUAACGCGGUAAUGUCCCGUUAAUGCAGACCCCCCCAACAGUGUAUAUAAUAAGAGAGACAUAAGGAUUAUGGAAUACCUCCGCAAUCUUUUCAUUUGUAACUUUUUGUUCAGUUAAAAAAAAAAGCACUGGAACUAUGAUCUACUCUUGUCUUGGAUAAUUUGCAUGGUUAAUUGCAUUGGAGUCCGCACUGAUGGAUAUGUCAAUAAACAUAUCUUUAUCAUUCA